ACACACGUCAGCGCGCGCGCGCCCGUUCCUUCAUUCCACCGAUCGUACGUUCUCCGUCUUUCACGCGCGCACCAUGGCCGAGGAGCAGCAGGACCACCGCCUUCAUCCGCGAGCACUGGGACCCGCGCGCGAACACGGCUUGAACCUGCAGAAACGGCAGGCGCGCGUGACGGUGAAAUACAACCGCGCGGAGCUGCAGAGGCGCUGGAACGCCGAGAAGUGGAUCGAGCGCUCGCUGGAGGAGCUGUACACCGGGGCGGAGGAUGACAUGCCAGAAGAGAUUGACAUUGAUGACUUACUGGUUCUGGAGAGUGACGAAGAGCGAACACAGAAACUCCAGGAGCUGCUGAAGACCUGCAGGAACAACACACAGCCAUUCAUCAGUGAGCUCCUCCAGAGGCUGCACGGCCUUCACAAACAGGAAGAGCUCCAGAAAGAGGGCAUCGGCCAUCCUUGUCUCCAUGGUUACCCUCAUCACCAUGGCAAUGUGCAUACCCAUGGAGGCCAACAGCACCAUCAACCAUCAACCCACCAGACUCUUUAGCCCUCGUAUCCCAUGAUACACUGCAGCAGCCAACUACACCAAACCUUGGCUACAUCCCUGAUCCACAAACUGAUAUGACAUCAUCACUAACCUGAUGUUUGCACACUGGGCGAUUUCCUGUAAUCACGCUCACACCUUGUUAAGGAGAUUUAAACCUCUUCACAUGUCGGUUUAAAGGGAUCUCCUAACCACAUUAAACCUCUCACGGGAUUUUAUACAAUCCUGUAUGAAGUAAACAAUGAUAUACAGAUAUAUACAGAUAUACAGAUAUAAGAUUUUUAACUUUGCUAACAUUUCCCAAAAGUUUCCGUUACCUGAAAUGUAGUCAGUCAACCUCAAGGGGGCAGCAUAACCCAGUCACACAAUACAGCAUAAACUUAGAGAUAAAAUUGUAUUAACUGUACAUCACACAAUUUUCCCUUUACUCUAAAUGUAGUUGAUCAGCGGAGAUGCUAAUGUGGCGUAAAAAUAAUAACAUAUUUUUUCUAAUACCAGAGAUAUUUAUUAUCACUUAACACUGCCAUUCAUUUGUCCUUCUGUAAAAUCCGGUUUACAUUUGAAGCUUAUGGGACAACCUAAAUCACGCUCUGUCCUAAACAACAUCAACCUGACGAAAAAGAUGUCCAAAGAUUAUUUGUUAGCUACAUUAGCCUUGGAACUCCAGUCAAAAGCUAAAGAAUAGAACUCUAAAUAGUUGAAAAGUCUUCGUAUGGACAGUGUGGCAUGUUGGUUUUUUUUUCAGUUCAGUGCAUUUUCAAACUGAUUGUUUUAGAAAAUAACAUGUAAAUGGCUCAAUAAACUCAUAAGCCUAGAUCAUUGAUGAGUUCUUACAUCACUUAGAGACGUGCUACGAUAACGCUAAUAAAUGGAUGCGAUCCAAUAAGAAUGAUGACACUCAAUUCUCAAACAAUGUAAAUGUUUGGGGACUCUGUGGAUUGUGUGCUUUGAAUCCUGAUGAUUGUGUUUUUUUCUUUGUCAUUAAAACUUUGCCAAACAGUUUAAAAUAGCUAGCAAACAUUUGCUAAGAAAAUUAGCUAGCUCACUUGGCGUACUUAUAACCAGCGGCGCACAAGCUAAUAUAACUUGUAUGUUUAAAAUUUUUAGACAUAUAUACACAUGAAAUAAAAAUUCAUUACAGUAUUAGGCAACAA